AUGACGUAUUCAAAAACUCAUAUCCCCGUAGUUGGGUGCCUAUCUGUAACUGUGUGUUUACAUGGCCGUACAACUGUGGCUACAUUUUUUGUUGUGGAGGAUGGAACCCCACUAAUGGGUAGAGACUUACUGUCACUUUUACAUGUGCAUAUUGUGAACAAUAAAGCUAUGCUUUCUGAUGCUGCAGCUUCCACUUUGCCUGUGCCAGUCUUACAGUGCACUGCUGUGCCCUUUUCCAUUGGCUGUGUUAAAAACUUCAUCCACCGCAUCAAGAUCGAUGAGACAGUACCUCCUGUGCGACAGAAGCUGCGCCGCUUACCUCUGUCGGUUACAGAUGCUGUGUCUGAAGAACUUGAUCGCCUACUUUCAGCUGGUGUCAUAGAACGAAUUGAUGCUUCUGCUUGGGUCUCGCCUAUUGUAGUCACUCAACGCAAAUCUGGUAACAUUUGCAUGUGUAUUGAUCUGCGUAAGCCCAAUAGGGCAGUUAUUGUAGACUCUUUUCCCUUGCCACAUAUGGAUGAACUACUUUCUGCACUCAGAGGAGCUACGGUAUUUUCUACCAUUGACUUAGCCAGUGCCUGCUACCAAGUACCACUGCAUGAGGACAGUCGAGACCUGACUGCUUUCAUUACACAUGAGGGCCUCUUCAGGUUUUGUCGGGUUCCUUAUGGGUUGGCAUCUGCACCCUCCGCCUUCCAGAAAAUGAUGACUGCUAUUCUCGCUGGCUUACCUGGUGUGGAGAAUUACUUGGAUGAUGUAAUAGUACAUGGACCUGACUUGACUACCCAUGACAAGACCUUACAUUCUGUGUUAUGCCGGCUGGAAGAUGCUGGCCUGCAGCUAAACAAUGACAAGUGCAAGUUUCGUCAGUCCAGCCUACCCUUCCUUGGGCAUAUAGUGUCUGCUGAUGGCCUGCUUCCUGAUAAGGCCCAUGUACAAGCCAUCAUGAAUGCUCCUGCACCCACAGAUACUGCUACUUUGCGUUCUUACCUUGGGCUGCUGUCUUGGUACUCUAAAUUUCUACCAAACCAUGCUACUGUCAUUGAACCAAUGCGCACAUGCUUGCGACAACCUGCAGGUGCAUUCCAGUGGAUGGCUGAUGCACAGAAGAGCUUUGAGCAGGUAAAAACGUUGCUAGUGGAUAGCCCUGUUUUGGCACUUUUUGACCCUACACUGCAUACUGUAGUUUCCACUGAUGCUUCUGACUACGGUCUGGGAGCCAUUCUUUCUCAACUCGGUUCUGACAAUGUAGAAAGAACUGUGGCAUUUGCUUCGCAGACUCUUUCCACUACAGAGCGUAAAUAUUCAAUAGUGGAGAAAGAAGCGCUAGCUUGUGCGUGGGCGAUAAAGAAGUGGCGAACAUACCUGUGGGGGCGUCGUUUCACCCUGCGCACGGACCAUCAGGCAUUGACAACGCUGUUGACCACCAAGGGGAUUGGUCGUGCUGGGAUGCGCAUUGCUAGAUGGUCUGCAUGUCUUCUGUCAUUUAAUUAUGAUGUAAUAUAUCGCCCAGGUUCUCAGAAUGCUCCUGCUGACUGUCUAUCUCGUCUGCCCUUACCUGUUGCUCCUGCAGCUGCUGAUGAUGCUGAACCAGAGUUUGUUGCUCUCCUGUCUGUGGCACGAAAGACAUUGUCUCCUGCUGAUUUGGAGUCUGCUUGUGCUGAAUGUCCAGACCUCACUAAGCUACAUACACAGAUUGUGCGGGACAAGCUCCGUCUGGAACUUUCUGUCAGUGACAACUUUGUGUUUCAUGGUUCACGUCUGAUUGUGCUAGCUAGCCUUUGUUCAUCAUUAAUUGCAAUAGCACACGAGAGUCACCAAGGUGUAGUAUGCACCAAACAACGACUCAGAGAACUUUACUGGUGGCCAAAGAUGGACACUGAUGUUUGUACUGCCAUUAGUUCUUGUCAGACAUGCCAGAUGAAUGACAAAACAACUUAUCCACACCCAGCUCCCUUACAGCCUACACCUUUUUCAGAUGGCCCAUGGGAAAAAGUGGCUUUGGACAUUGUAGGACCCUUUGACACUGCUGCACCGGACUGUAGAUAUGCCUUGACUCUGAUUGACUACCACAGUAAGUGGCCGGAAGUAACCCUCACCUCUUCCAUAACUACUGCUAAUGUACUCACAUUCCUGUCUUCUAUUUUCAGUCACCAUGGUAACCCCACGAGUCUGGUGACAGAUAAUGAGGUUCAGUUUACCUCUGCUGCUUUUGCUGCUUUUCUUGAAGAAAGACAGAUUAAACAUCACCGCUCCUCACUGCAUUACCCUGCUGCUAAUGGAGCUGUAGAGCGAUUCAAUCAUGUACUGAAACAUACGAUUCAACUUGCUAUUCAAGAACACUAUCCCUGGAAAGCUGCCAUUACAGACUUUUUGCAUAUCUACUGUGCUACUCCACACGCAACUACUGGAGUUUCUCCAUUUGAACUCCUUCAUGGUCGACAGAUGCGCACAAAAUUGACCAUACUACCACCUACUUCUUCAGGUUUACAGUCUGCUAGUGAUGUCCGUACCACAGUUGAGCAACACCAGAACAGAAUGAAAGUCUAUACUGAUGCCAAACGGGGUGCUCGCUUGCCUAGUUUCAAAACAGGGGAUAAAGUGAGGGUCAGAAAUCCUCUGCAUGUUCCAAAAGGACACCAGAAGUUCAGCAACCCUGUCACUAUCAAUAAGAAACUGGGUGCUCAUACAUACAUUUUGAGUGAUGGAAAAACCUGGAAUGCAUCUCAUCUGGUUGCUUUUCCAGACUGCGCAUCUACACCUGCCCAGAAGGAAGUCAACCCACCAGAGCUUCCACAGUCACCCAGACCCAAACGCAGUACUCACCCACCAAACUGGUUGAAGGACUAUGUUACUUAA